AUGGAAGACAUCUGCAGGGAGGAUGCAUCUAACUACAAGACAAUAAUACAGAAAUGUCACUCAGGAGAAGACCCCUUUGCACAUAUUGGGUAUGAUGGAGUUUUCACUCACCCCUACACAUUGACUCAGGCUGUUUUAACUCACACUGGACAGAGACCCUAUAAAUGGAGUGAAUGUGGAAACCCUUUCAGUCAUAGAAAUGACCUAUAUAGACACCAGAAACCUUAUAUGGAAGGCAAACUUUAUAAAUGUAAGGAAUGUGAGAAAUAUUUUCAUAAUAGAAGAAAGCUUUGCAUACACCAGAGAAUUCACACGGGAGAGAAACCCUAUAAAUGUGAUGAAUGUGGAAAACACUUCAGUCGAAACUCCCACCUUCGUUCCCAUAAAAUAACUCACACGGGAGAGAAUCCAUUUGUCUGUAAUCAGUGUGGGAGUCAUUUCAGGUAUUUUUCAUCUUUAACUAGACAUAAGCAUAUUCAUUCUGGAGAGAAGCUUUAUGAAUCUCAUCUGUGUGGAAAAGCCUUUGUUCAAAGCUCUUAUCUUAAACAACACAAGAGAACUCACACUGGAGAGAAACCAUAUAAAUGUCUCCUAUAUGGAAAAGCCUUUGUUACAAGCUCCAAUCUUAGAGAACAUGAGAGAACCCAUACGGGAGAGAAACCAUAUAAAUGUCAUCUAUGUGGGAAAGCGUUUGUUCAAAGCUCUUGUUUUAGACAACAUGAGAGAACCCACACUGGAGAGAAACCAUAUAAAUGUCAUCUGUGUGGGAAAGCCUUUAUUACAAGCUCUGUCUUAAAAAAACACGAGAGAACCCACACUGGAGAGAAACCAUAUAAAUGUCUCCUAUGUGGAAAAGCCUUUGUUACAAGCUCCAAUCUUAGAGAACAUGAGAGAACCCACACUGGAGAGAAACCAUAUAAAUGUCCUCUAUGUGAAAAAGCUUUUGUUACAAGUUCUAAUUUUCGAGAACAUGAGAGAACUCACACUGGAGAGAAACCAUAUAAAUGUCAUCUAUGUGGAAAAGCCUUUGUUACAAGCUCUUGUCUUCGAGAACAUGAGAGAACUCACACUGGAGAGAAACCAUAUAAAUGUCCUUUAUGUGGAAAAGGCUUUGUUACAAGCUCUUGUCUUAGAAAACAUGAGAGAACCCACACUGGAGAGAAACCAUAUAAAUGUCCUCUAUGUGGGAAAGCCUUUGUUACAAUUUCUAACCUUAGAGAACAUGAGAGAACUCAUACUGGAGAGAACUCAUAUAAAUGUCCUCUAUGUGGAAAAGCCUUUGUUGAGAGCCCUAAUCUUAGAGAACUUGAGAGAACUCAUGCUGGAGAGAACCCAUAUAAAUGUCCUCUAUGUGGAAAAGCCUUUGUUACAAGCUCUUCCCUUUGAAGACAUGAAAGAACUCAACUCUAA